GCAACCAUGGGGAGUGGAACUACAGCAAAAUGCUUUCAGCUGGGGCAGGAGCACCAGAGCCAACAAAGGGGCUGAGUCACAGCCAGGCUGUGCUGUGCUUCAGUACUGUGCAGCAGAUAAGGAGUGCAGCCUGCUGCCCAGCUGCUGGGCUCAACUCCUCCAUGUCCUGCACUCAGUGUUUGUCCCUGGCACGUACCCCCAGGUGCGGCUCAGCACGGUGCAGAUGGAGAACUCCCUCCAGGUUUUGCUUUUGGAAGCAGAUGGCAGAGCAGGGCACGGUCACGGCUGUCUGCAGGGAGGUAGGCAAACACCAGCAGUGCGCUUCUGUUCCUCAGCUGCCAGCUGCCCCAUCCCAGAGGGCCCUGGUGCAGAGGUUGCUUUGCUUACUGCAUCCUCAGCCCAUGGGGACAUCCCUCCCCGUCCUACGUCUCUCCCAUCACUUUCUCGUGUCACAUACAAGGACUUCAUUCGCUGCCUGCCGGUUCAUCUGUCCCAGUACAUCCUGGGGCUUUUGGAUAACAAAUCCCUUAAAACAUGUGCCAGUGUGAGUAAAUACUGGGCUUUUCUGGCCAAAGAAGUUGAGAAGGAGCACGUGUGCCAAAAAGCAGUACAGAAGAAAAUCCUGUAUUUGCAGGGGUUGUGCCCUCGGGGAGCAGUUUCCAACUAUGCUAAAAUAGUCAAUGUAGCAGUUCCACAGUUAAAUGAAAAGGGAUGUGUCACCAAAGUGAGAGACCACAGCCCUGGAAGUAAAACAAAGGAAGACAAGGAGGAGGAGGAAAUCAAGCUGCAGGCAGCCUAUCGUGAUCUGCAAACUGACACAAUCCAGCUGGAAGAGAGGAACGUAUUCUGUGGCUCCUACAGUAUUCGUGUCCUCACUGACCGAUCAGACCCAGACAGAGUAAUCCACUAUGCUGGGGGAGACUUGGUAGCCAUUGGUUCUGCAGAUCGAAAAGUGAGGAUUUUUAAUGUGUUGUCAAUGAGAGAAGUGCCACCUCUGCUGUCUGGGCAUGCUGGAAGCAUCAAAGCACUGCUGCUUGAUGAGAGGAAAGGGCUCCUUCUUAGCACGAGCUGCGAUCUCAGCAUCAGAUGCUGGAAUAUAUAUAGUGGUGCUUGUAUGAAAAUCUUUACUGGUCACUGCAGGACCAUCACCUGCUUGGAUUUACACAGCAAGAAGUUUGUGUCGGGGGGCACAGAUGGGAUGGUGAAAGUGUGGAACUUGGACAGCGGGGUAUGUCUUAAGACCCUGAAACACAGCAAUAUUGUUUAUGCUGUUAAAAUGGAUGGAACCCAUGUUGUCAGUGGGUGUGACAGAGGGCUGGUGAAAGUCUGGCAUGCUGGCACAGGCACUCUGCUCAAAGUACUAGAAGGGCACCUAGGCCCAGUGAGCUGCCUGUCCUUUGAUCAGUGGCACCUUGUCUCAGGAAGCAGUGAUGGAUACGUCUUGGGAUGGAGCAUGGUGGGAGAGCUUAAGAGGUGCCUCACGGCUUUCCGCCACCCAAAGGAAGUUCUGUCUCUGGAGUUGCUCUAUCUCAGAGUUGUCAGCAGUUGUGCUGAUGGGAAGAUCCGUGUGUUUAACUUCCUGACUGGGAGCUGCCUGAGAGUGCUGCUGGGCAGUAGCAGAGGGGAUCCUGUAUCUUUCUGUGCUUCCGAAAACAGGAUGGUGAUCAGUGCAACCAGCAGCCUGCUGAUGUUCCAGUUUGAGGAUGUCACGUGGGACUACAUGCUAGGAGCUGAGCGAGAGCUGGUGUGGAAGCAGAAGCAGGAGAGCUGCCCUUUGGGCACAGCAUUGACUCCCUCCCAGCAAACCAAGAGCCACAUUGCCAGCCAGAUGCGUCGCCUGAAGAUACGAGGUGCUGGCCUUCUCGUGCUUGAUCUGCUUGCCAAAAUGUUCUGGAGUGCCUCAAAGCACUAGAUAUGGCCUUUGCAGUGCUCUGGCAUGGUUUGCUGAAGUGGGUUAGAAAUAGCAUCAGGUACCUGCUGUCUUCAUAUGCAGGCUCUUCACUUUUUGAAGUGCAGUAGACAUACUGCUGCAUUUCAAUGGGUCUGUCGUUUCCAGGCUUUUGUAAAACCUUUGCACCUUUUUAGAAAGGUCUGAUAUAAAUUCAGCUUGCUUAAGACAGUUUCUGUCAUUUUCCAGCUGAGUAAUCCAUCAGUGAUAUUAUUCACGUCCUGACAGCUGGUGUGCAUGGAAACAUGCUGCUGAUUCAGAGCCUGAAUUAUUAAAAUCCCCAGAAAAUCAUAGGACACCUGCAUCCAGAACUUGCCAUCACUGGGAUAUGCAAUUGCACAUAAGCAGGCACCUUUUAAAUGAUCAUAUUGUGGUGUGAUUUUUGAGAAAUCAGCAGUUAUUUGAUACAGUACCACAAAUCUACAAUCAAACAGCACAGAAGCAGAUGAGCUAGGUAGGGAAGUUUUCAUAGCAUGAAUUGCUAACUUCCUUGAAGCAGCUGUGCCUGGUGCAGGACGUGCAGUGGGCAGCAACGGGAAGCAAACUGAUUGUUUUAAUUGUAGUGGCAAAAAUCUGGGUGGUGUAUAUGCACACCUAACUCUGAACAUCAGCACUUACUGCCACUUUUGGCUCCCGUGAUGCUUUCUGUUAAUCAAACACGAGUGGGUUGUUUCCAACAUCCAGCUGAGAUAAGAGGCAAAGCAGUGGCCAGAGACUUCAAGUCUCAUAAUUUACGAGGAUUUUUGUUUUAAAUGGAAGUUUAACACCAACACAGCUUAGAGAUGAUGUAUUCUUCUGCUUUCUAGCUCUGUGCAAUGAACUGAUAAAACCUGCA